GUACUAAAUCACAACUCCAGCCCCUGUGACUUCCAGCAGCAGUGGUUUGCAUACUGCACAAAUAACAAUUACAUAGGAUUGGUUACAUGAUUUUACAUCCCAUCAGUCUUUGUAUGAGGGCUCUAUUGAGUACCUAAUUCAUUACACGGUCACCUCGUUCAUUAUAUUAAAGUGGUCCUACCUUUACAUGUAAAUACCUCUCCUAAAGGUGUGAGGUUUAGUAUUAAAAUCCCCACAGGUUAUGUAGAGGACACCUCAAUAUUUUGACUUUUGUCCAAAUCUGACUGUUUUUUUGUACAGAAGCCACAAGAAGGCAUUGUCUACAAAGGUUGAGAGUGAUAGACUUUAGAUACCACUCUCAAUUACUGUGUCUUGUUUCUGAUUAUUUUAACCUUUGAGAUCAUUUUGUGCUUUAGUCUUAUAGGCCUCCUAUUCGUGUUAUCCCAGUUUCAGGAGAUGCUUGUCCAGCCUUCAGGUUUUUAAUGCUAUCCUUCUGACAACAGGAUGAAUUGAUUUCUUCUUACAGAUGUUAAAUAGAUUUUACAGCAGCACAUAAGAACGAAGUAAACCUGUAUUCCCAGCAGAACUGAAAGCUCCCCAGACUUGAUCCUCUCCAGUGGUUACAGCCACUGUUUAGUGAUUAAGGCUCCACUCUUAGAUCCACCCAGGAAUCUGAUUUUGGAAUUUAAUUCCGUUGAAACCCCCAAUGUCAGUAUCAUUUCAGAACGACAGAUGUGUCUGAAAUGCAUUUUUGUUUCCUUUUUCCUGUAAUCUUCGUCCAGAACGAAGCAAAAUGUUACUGAAGAAGGGGUUGGAGAUCACACACCAGACCGUGCUUGUCCUGCAGGACCAGGACAAACCUCUCACCCAGAUUACUCUUUUUUGUUGUUGUUGACUGAAGCAUAGCAUUGCCAUACUAAUGACACCGGAUGCCCGCAGAGCCUGUGCGACCAACUUUUGGCACCUCAGAGGUGCGUCCCCUGGGGACCGGAACGGGGGCGGUACCGCUGCGGUCCCCGGAAGAGCACUGGGGGAGUGUCCGCCCCUUCGGGCCCGGCCCGCCCGCGCCGCUCUUCUCGCCGUGAUCCAUAGAACCAACCGCCGCUGCGUGCGGCCGAUGUCACGUGCCGGAGGCGGAAGUGAGGCACGCCUGUGGCGGAAGAGGGGCGCCGGGGCGUGCUCCGGGAUGGCAUUCCAGCGGUAGUAGCGGAACCACCGCCAGCAGCAGCGGUUCCCCUCCUUCCCCACCUCCCCGCUUCGUCCGUUGUCGAGACCGGGCGGCAUGGCCAGGGGCCAGGCGGCCGCGGCUACGGCCGUGAGCGGUGGGAGGCGGGCGCUGCUGCUGCUGUGGCCGCGCGGCGCGGACGGCGCCCUCCCGCCAGCCGCCGCCGCCGCCUCACGUGAGCGCCGCUGCCUGGGCGGCUGGCAGCGCCUGGCCGCGCCGCCGGGAUCGCGGGCGGCCGGUACGGCCCUUAACGGCAGCGCGGGAUGGGGCAGGCAUGGUGGCGGGACGGGCGGGGACAGCUGCCGCCGCCGCACCGGCAAGCGGGAUGUAAGCAGCUCUGCACCAUCAUCUUUGCAAAGCAAAGGGAGUAUUUCCUUACUGGGAAAUAGGAGGCUUUUUUUUGACACUCAUGCACUGGUCUGCCUCUUGGAAGAAAAUGGGUUCACUACUCAGCAGUCAGAGGUCAUUGUGUCUGCAUUGGUGAAAAUUAUGGACAACAACCUGGAUAUGAUUUACAAGGACAUGGUCACCAAAGUACAGCAGGAAAUUGCCCUUCAGCAAGUAAUGUCCCAUAUUGGUGGAGUGAAAAAGGACAUGAUUAUUUUGGAAAAAAGUGAAUUUUCAGCACUUCGUUCAGAAAAUGAGAAAAUAAAACUUGAACUCCAACAGAUAAAGAAGCAAGUCAUGGAUGAAAUUACCAAAGUUCGUGCAGAUAACAAGUUAAACUUAAACCUAGAGAAGAGCAGAGUAAAAGAAUUGUACUCACUGAAUGAAAGAAAACUACUGGAAAUGAGGACGGAAAUCGUGGAAUUGCAUGCACAACAAGAUCGAGCCCUGACCCAAACAGACAGAAAAAUAGACACAGAAGUUGCAGAUCUGAAAACAAUGCUUGAAUCGCACAAACUUGAUAAUAUUAAGUACUUAGCAGGUUCAGUAUUUACAUGCCUUACUGUAGCACUGGGAUUUUAUCGUUUAUGGAUAUAAUGAAACAUCAAUUUCUACUUCUUGAUUUCUGGCCAAAAAAAAACAGUUUUCUCUUUGCUUGGACUCUCACCAAGUCUGGACUGUUUUAUUUAUUCUUUUUUUAAAGCAGACUGUAUUAAGAAUGUAACCAAAGAUGUGCCUAGAAACAAACUGCACACAUAGGAUGCAGUUCUAAAGUUUACCUCUGAUGAAAGAAUGGUAUACACAUCUCUGCUGUUUCUCUCCAUUCUGGACUGCAGUACACCUUGCUGCUACUAAGUGCCAUGUAGGCAAAGACUGACGUUCAUACCAAUCAUAUGGAGCUGAAGGCUGUGGAGAGGGAUCUGUGGAAUCAUGUUCCAUUGCCUGUUCGGACAUGCUUGCUGGGGUCAGUGGUAUGUAUCAGACCGAAGCCUUGAUUAUUAAUGUAAAACUGAAACUACACACUUAAUGGUUUAGAGACACUCUUGUAUAAUUAGAAUUUGUGCUACAGUAAUCACACUUACUUCCCUCUUUCUAAUGCUUGUUCAUAGUUACUGUUAUCAAAUAUUUGCUUGGCUAUUUUUAUAACAUUAGUCUUAGCUUCUUUUCCAGAUGGCCGUCCAGUCAGUCAUGUUCCUUGAAAGAGUACUGUGUAAUGACAGCAGUGGUUGUUGCUAGUUUUGUUUGUAAUAUAUUUUGUGGAGAUUUUUGUGACUAACUUGCCUUUCUUACCUGUAAGAUCUCAUACUCAUUCCAUAUACUGAUUGUUAAUUUUACUGUAACUGGAAAUUUGAAAUGCAGUAAAAUGCACUAGUUGUGUUCAUGUAUAGUUAAAUGAUACAGAGUGUCUCAGGUGGUGCCUUGAUGGAAGGGAAUUGGUGCUUGCUGAAAGGAAAUAGAUUUUAAAUGGUGGUUAUGAAGCAAGGUCUUAAGUGAGGGAACUGCACUGCCAACAGCUUUCUGUGUUUUUUGUUGUUUUAUUAAAAAAAAUCUGCUGACUUCAGAUCUAGAACUUCAAUAGUGAUUGUAACAAUAAAAGCAAUAAUGGAGACCUGUAGGGAUGUUUAAUCCAGGUCUGAGCAAGCCCAUCUGAACCAGCAAGUGCAACUGAAUGCAGUGAAGGAAGGCAUCCAGUGUGUCCAGAGAUCUGCCAUUCUUCCUAUGGCAGAGAGGUUGGAGUAGAUGAUCUCUAAGGUCCCUCCCAACCUAACCUAUUCUGUGAUUCCACUGAUGAAAUGAUUGCUUUAGUAGCAGAGCUGCUGUCUGUGUUCCUUCAGUUAAGGGAAAUUUCCCUUUUUUGCUCUUAGGAGGAGAGAGCAAUCAAUGCAGUGAUAACAAAUGCUGUCAGAGCACAACCACAUCUUUGCUUAGUGAAAUUAAGCUGUUUGGUGCCUGUACUGUAAUAAACAUUUACCAUUUUUGGUGGUUGGAAGUACCAACUUUGAAUCAUACAAGUGCAGAGGAAGAAAUGGAUGCCUGUAACAAUACCAUACUGGCCUGAAAUAAAAAAUGUUGACUAUUUCCUGGAA